UUGAUUCAAAUACCAGAGCAACAGCUCCCAAGUUCACGCCUCGAGCGACCCCGCCACUCUCCCAUAUCGAUACCGCAACCCCACUACUACCACCAACGAACCCAGAACUUCGGCCUUUCGCCGAUAUAAUGGGUCGGGUCUCGUUCGCCGAAGAUACAAAGUUGCCCCAGGAACCCCAGAUCGAAGAGGAGCAAAGCACGGUAUUUGCUUAUCAAGAUGGCCCCGAGAACAAGUCUUGGGCAGGCGCACUGCCCUUGAAGCAAGGUCUGUAUGACCCGGAGCUCGAGAAGGAUGCUUGCGGUGUCGGUUUCGCUGCUCACAUCAAGGGCAAGGCCAGCCACAAGAUCGUCUCCGAUGCCCGUUCGUUGCUAUGCAACAUGACACAUCGAGGAGCCGUUGGCUCUGACGCACGCGAUGGUGACGGUGCCGGUGUAAUGACCUCCAUCCCCCAUCGCUUCUUCCUCAAGGAGUUCGAGCGCGAACAAGGCUACAAGCUACCAUCGCUUGGCCAGUAUGCUACUGGUAACCUUUUCUUCAAGCCGGACGCCAACAUCUUGGAUGAGACCAAGACCAUGUUUGAGGACGUUGCAGACCAGCUUGACUUGAGGGUGCUCGGAUGGCGAACAGUGCCCCGCGAUUCCACACUUCUUGGACCCGCGGCACUUUCACGAGAGCCCAUCAUUCUCCAGCCGUUUGUCGUCUUGAAGACCGCCUACGGCGACGCCCGGGAGCCCAAGGCUGACUUCCAGGAGAAGUACGACAACGCAUACUUUGAGCGACAACUGUAUGUCAUGCGAAAGCGGGCUACACACGUCAUUGGCCUCCACAACUGGUUCUACAUUUGCAGCUUGUCAAACAAGAACAUUGUCUAUAAGGGUCAACUUUCUCCUGUUCAGGUCUACGAGUACUACCACGACCUGCUCAACGUUGACUACGAGGGUCACUUUGCUCUGGUGCACUCUCGAUUCUCUACCAACACAUUCCCCAGUUGGGACCGUGCUCAGCCUCUGCGAUGGGCUGCUCACAAUGGUGAGAUCAACACCCUGCGAGGAAACAAGAACUGGAUGAGGGCCCGCGAGGGUGUUAUGAAGUCCAGCCUUUUCGGCGAGGAGCUUGAUCUCCUUUACCCCAUCGUCGAGGACGGUGGUUCCGACUCUGCAGCUUUCGACAAUGUCCUUGAGCUGCUCACCAUCAACGGUGUCCUGUCACUCCCAGAAGCAGUCAUGCUUAUGGUUCCAGAGGCAUGGCAGGGCAACCACACUAUGGACCCGGCUAAGCAAGCCUUCUACGAGUGGGCUGCCUGCAUGAUGGAGCCUUGGGAUGGUCCUGCUCUCUUUACUUUCUCCGACGGACGUUACUGUGGUGCUAACCUCGACCGAAACGGUCUUCGUCCUUGCCGUUACUACGUUACUGACGACGACCGCAUCAUCUGCGCGUCUGAAGUUGGUACCAUCUCUAUCGAGCCAGAGCGCGUUGUACAGAAGGGUCGUCUCCAGCCCGGUAGGAUGUUGCUCGUCGACACUGUCGCUGGUCGAAUUGUCGAUGAUGCCGAACUGAAGCAGACCGUCUCAGAGCGUGUUGACUUCCGUUCCUGGAUUCAGAAGAACCUGCUCACUCUUCCCAAGAUUGUCGAGCAGAUCAGCGCAAAGGGCGUUGAUCUUUCACACUCGCUCACCGAGACCAAGCUACAUGAGGACCCUCGUCUGCGAGCAUUCGGCUACUCUCUUGAGCAGGUCAGUCUCCUUCUUGGUCCUAUGGCUGCCGACUCAAAGGAGGCUCUUGGAUCCAUGGGUAACGAUGCUCCUCUGGCUUGCUUGGCUACCCAGCCUCGUCUGCUGUACGAGUACUUCCGUCAGCUUUUUGCCCAGGUUACCAACCCUCCCAUCGAUCCUAUUCGUGAGGCGAUUGUCAUGUCUUUGGAGACAUACGUUGGUCCCCAGGGUAACCUUCUAGAGAUGGACGAGUCACAGUGUGGCCGUCUGCUUCUUCCAUCGCCCAUCCUGACCCUCGAAGAGUUCAAGGCGCUGACCAACACGCACACUCUGCACUCUGACUGGACCGUCAAGUCCAUCGACAUCACAUUCCCCAAGAGCGAGGGACUCGAUGGCUACAUGAACGCUCUCGACCGAAUCUGCGAGGCUGCAACCGAGGGCAUCAAGGCCGGCGACAACAUCCUUGUCUUGACCGACCGCGCUGCGUCUGUUGACCGUGUUGCCGUAUCCGCUUGCUUGGCUACUGGUAUGGUUCACCACCAUCUCGUCCGCAACAAGUGGCGAUCCAACGCUGCCCUUGUUGUCGAGACUGGUGAGGCCCGUGAGGUCCACCACAUGUGUGUCUUGGUUGGAUACGGUGCUGAUGCCGUCUGCCCAUACCUUGCUAUUGAGUGUAUCUUGAAGAUGCACCGCGAGGGUGUCAUUCGCAAGAAGAUGAGCCCCGAACAGCUCAUCGAUAACUACAAGCACUCUUGCGAUGGUGGUAUCUUGAAGGUCAUGAGUAAGAUGGGUAUCUCUACCCUCUCAUCCUACAAGGGUGCUCAGAUUUUCGAGGUUCUUGGUCUUGAUGACUCUGUCGUUGACCGAUGCUUCACUGGAACUGCUUCCCGUAUCAAGGGUAUGACAUUCGAGUUGAUUGCUUCCGACGCUUUCGCUCUCCACGAGAGGGGUUACCCAUCGCGCGCCAUCGUCGAGGUUCCCGGUCUUGCUGAGACUGGCGAGUACCAUUGGCGUGACGGAGGUGAGCCUCACGUCAACGACCCCACUGCCAUGGCCAACAUCCAGGAUGCCGUCCGCACCAAGAACGACAAGUCGUACGAGGCAUACUCUAUUGCUGAGUACGAGCGCAUCAAGGACUGCACCCUCCGUGGUCUCCUUGACUUCAACUUCGAUGACCGUGCUCCCAUCCCCAUCGACCAGGUCGAGCCUUGGACCGACAUUGUGCGCCGCUUCGUCACUGGUGCCAUGUCCUACGGAUCCAUUUCCAUGGAGUCCCACUCUACCCUUGCUGUUGCUAUGAACCGCCUUGGCGGUAAGUCCAACACUGGUGAGGGUGGUGAGGACCCGGAGCGCAGCUUGCGUAUGGAGAACGGUGACACCAUGCGCUCUGCGAUCAAGCAGAUCGCUUCCGGACGUUUCGGUGUUACCUCCAACUACCUUGCCGAUGCCGACGAGCUCCAGAUCAAGAUGGCUCAGGGUGCUAAGCCUGGUGAGGGUGGUGAGCUUCCUGGCCACAAGGUCUCUGGCUCCAUUGCUAAGACCCGUCACUCCACGCCUGGUGUCGGUCUCAUCAGUCCUCCUCCCCACCACGACAUUUACUCCAUUGAGGAUCUCAAGCAAUUGAUCUACGAUCUCAAGUGCUCCAACCCCCGCGCUCGUGUAUCCGUAAAGCUUGUCUCCGAGACUGGUGUUGGUAUCGUCGCUUCUGGUGUGGCCAAAGCCAAGGCUGACCAUAUCCUCAUCUCUGGUCACGACGGUGGUACUGGUGCCUCUCGAUGGACUGGUAUCAAGUACGCCGGUCUCCCCUGGGAGUUGGGUCUUGCCGAGACUCAUCAGACUCUUGUUCUCAACGACCUCCGUGGUCGUGUCAUUGUCCAGACUGACGGUCAAUUGAGGACUGGACGCGAUGUCGCCAUCGCCUGUCUGCUUGGAGCUGAGGAGUGGGGCUUUGCUACCACGCCUCUCAUCGCCAUGGGUUGCAUCAUGAUGCGCAAGUGCCAUCUCAACACUUGCCCUGUCGGUAUUGCCACCCAGGACCCUGAGCUCAGGAAGAAGUUCGCUGGUACACCCGAGCACGUCAUCAACUUCUUCUACUACAUCGCCAACGAGCUCCGUGCAAUCAUGGCCAAGCUUGGUUUCCGGACCAUCAACGACAUGGUUGGUCACUGUGAGGUGCUUCGCAUCCGUGACGAUCUCCGCACUGCGAAGACUGAGAACAUUGACUUGUCUCUCAUCCUGACUCCCGCGCACACCCUUCGCCCAGGUGUUGCCACGUUCAACGUGCGCAAGCAGGACCACCGUCUUCAUGUCCGCCUCGACAACAAGCUCAUUGCUGAGUCCGAACUUGCUCUGGAGAAGGGUCUUCCUGCCCGCAUUGAGUGCGAUGUCGUCAACACUGACCGUGCUCUUGGUGCUACUCUCUCGUACCACAUCAGCAAGCGCUACGGCGAGGCUGGUCUGCCCCAAGACACCAUCCACGUCAACAUCCGUGGUUCUGCUGGCCAGUCUUUCGGUGCUUACCUGGCACCUGGUGUCACUCUUGAACUUGAGGGUGAUGCUAACGACUACGUUGGUAAGGGUCUGUCUGGUGGUCGUUUGAUCAUCUACCCUCCCCGCAACGCCGUAUACCGUGCCGAGGAGAACGUUCUUAUCGGUAACGUCUGCUUGUACGGUGCCACUCGCGGUACUUGCUUCUUCCGUGGUAUCGCUGCUGAGCGUUUCUGUGUCCGUAACUCUGGUGCUACGGCUGUCGUUGAAGGUGUUGGUGACCACGGUUGCGAGUACAUGACUGGCGGUCGUGUCCUUGUUCUUGGUUCUACUGGACGUAACUUUGCUGCCGGUAUGUCUGGUGGUAUUGCGUACGUCCUUGACAUCCACAAGGACUUCGAACAGAAGGUUAACCAGGAGAUGGUUGAGCUCUCCGGCAUCGAGGAGCCAGAGGAGAUUGCCUUUGUUCGCGGCCUCAUUGAGGACCACCACCACUACACCGGCUCUGAGCUUGCCGCUCGCAUCCUCCUCGACUUCACUCGCGCACUGCCCCGCUUUGUCAAGGUCAUGCCUGUUGACUACAAGCGCGUGCUCCUGGAGGAGAAGGCAAAGGCUGCCGAGAAGAAGAAGUCUGAAUACCCUCUUCCUCUGCUCGCUGGCAACGCUGUCCGCAACGCCCACGAGGAGUCUCGCAAUAAGGAAGCUGAGGCGGAGGCCAAGGAGAAGAAGAAGAGCGACCUCCUCGACAUUGAAGAGAGUGUUACCGACGCAAAGGCUGAGAAGAAGAAGGCGCUCGUCCUUGACAAGACUCGCGGUUUCAUGAAGUACCAGCGUCGCUCUGAGAAGUACCGCAACCCCAAGACCCGUACUCGCGAUUGGGCAGAGCUCAACCAGCGUCUGAACGAGGACGAACUCAAGUACCAGACUGCUCGCUGCAUGGACUGUGGUGUACCCUUCUGCCAGUCUGACACUGGUUGCCCGAUCUCCAACAUCAUCCCGAAGUGGAACGAACUGGUCUUCCAAGGUCAGUGGCGCGACGCCCUCAACCGCCUCCUCAUGACCAAUAACUUCCCUGAGUUUACUGGUCGUGUUUGCCCGGCUCCUUGCGAGGGUGCCUGUGUUCUUGGCAUCAACGAGGAUCCCGUUGGCAUCAAGUCGAUUGAGUGCGCCAUUAUUGACCGCGGUUUUGAGAAGGGCUGGAUGAUUCCUUCGCCACCCCAGACCCGUUCUGGAAAGACUGUUGCCAUCAUCGGUUCCGGCCCUGCUGGUCUCGCUUGUGCUGAUCAACUCAACAAGGCUGGUCACACUGUCACCGUCUAUGAGCGUGCCGACCGUGUCGGUGGUCUCCUCAUGUACGGUAUCCCCAACAUGAAGCUCGACAAGAAGGUCGUUCAGCGCCGUGUCGACUUCAUGGCUGCUGAGGGCGUCAACUUCAAGACUGGUGUCACCGUUGGUGAGGAGGGUCAGACCAACCUCGAAGCUCUCCGCAAGGAGUACGACGCAGUUGUCUUCGCGACUGGAGCUACUGUCGCUCGUGACCUGCCCAUCCCUAACCGCAACCUGGACGGCAUUCACUACGCCAUGCAGUUCUUGCACAAGAACACCAAGUCUCUCUUGGACUCCGAAUUGGCUGACGAUGCUUACAUUUCGGCCAAGGACAAGCACGUUGUUGUCAUCGGAGGUGGUGAUACUGGUAAUGACUGCAUUGGUACUUCCGUUCGCCACGGUGCCAAGUCUGUCGUCAACUUCGAGCUGCUGCCCCAGCCCCCAGCUGAGCGUGCUCGCGACAACCCAUGGCCGCAGUGGCCCCGUAUCUUCCGAACUGACUAUGGUCACAACGAAGUCAAGACUCACAUGGGCAAGGAUCCUCGUGAGUACUGUGUCAUGUCCAAGGACUUCGUCGACGAUGGUAGCGGCAAGGUCAAGGGUAUCAACACUGUCCGUGUUGAGUGGACUAAGUCCGCCUCCGGUGGUUGGGACAUGAAGCACGUCGAGGGUAGCGAGCAAUUCUUCCCUGCCGACCUCGUCUUGCUUUCCAUGGGUUUCUUGGGCCCCGAGCAGCGUGUCAUGAGCGACGUUAUCGAGCUUGACGGCCGCAAGAACAUCAAGACCCCUCCCGGUCACUACAACACCAACCUGGCAGGUGUCUUCGCUGCUGGUGACUGCCGUCGCGGUCAGUCCCUGAUCGUCUGGGGUAUCAACGAGGGUCGCCAGUGCGCUCGCGACGUCGACUCCUUCCUUACCGGCUACGGUACUUCCCUGCCCGUCACUGGUGGUAUCGUCAAGCGCCCACCCUACGAGGCUAUGCACAAGCACCGUGCUGCUCCUGACGAGAAGCUGGUGACUGUCGCCGCUUAGAUGAGUCUAUGAUUAUGAUUGUUACUGUAUGAAGUAAAGGUGCAUGGAAAAGAUGGUCACGGCAAAAGAUGGGUUUCGGGUAUAUCAUGAUUCUUUGGCGUUUUGAUUUAUGUACGCGCAUUUUCCCUCGUUUACCUGC